AUGUAUCGUUUAGUUUCAAAGUGUGCCAUCAAUUUCAAACCAACGGUUCAAAAGCCGGUUGAAUAUAAGUAUGGCCCACGAUCUGUCGCACUUGGUGAUUUUGAUAAUGACACGGUUUUGGAUAUGGUUAUUGCCAAUCAUUUAGUGAAUAAAAUAGCUGUCUAUUUGGGAAAUGGUGAUGGCACUUUUAAAAAUCCAACGAUGUAUUCAACAGGUUCUUACUCUAGUCCUUACAUGGUCACAGUUGCUGAUUUGAACAAUGACAACCGAUUAGAUCUUGCAGUAGCAAAUUUCGGCACUAACAAUGUCCAGAUUUUUCAUGGAUUUGGGAAUGGAUCUUUUGCAAGUCAAAUAGAACUUUCAACAGGCUCAUCUCGUCCAAUAGCAAUUAUUGCCGUUGAUUUCAACAAUGAUUCCAUACUUGAUAUUGCCACUGCCAAUCACGAAACUCACAGUGUUAGUAUAUUCUAUGGAUAUGGCCAUGGAAACUUUUCACCUCCAAUUACAUAUACAACAGGUUAUGAUUCUCUACCAUCUUCUUUAGCUGCUGGAGAUUUCAAUAACGACAACCAUUUAGAUCUCGCCAUUGCCAAUUAUGGAACCAAUAAUGUAGGCAUACUUUUCGGAAACAGCAACAGAACUUUUGAAAAACAAAUCACCUUUUCAACUGGACCUGAUUCCCAUCCAUACUCAAUUGCCGUCGGUCAUUUCCAUACCGACAACUUUCUAGAUAUCGCUAUCGCGAAUUCCGGAACUGGCAAAAUAGGUGUACUCUUAAACAACGGUAACGGAACUUUCGCCAGUCAAGCCACCUAUUCUCUCAAUUCUGCUUUUCCAUAUACGAUUGGCGUCGGAGACUUCAACCAAGAUAAUCGAUUAGACAUCGUCGUCACUAAUAACGGCCUUGAAAAUAUAGCUGUACUUCUUGGAUAUGAAAAUGGUAAUUUUGAAAAUCCAAUUAUGUAUCCGACUGGAUCUUAUUCUUCGAUUUCUGUUGCCAUAGGUGAUCUGAAUAAGGACUAUCGAUUAGAUGUUGUCGUUGUAAACAAUGACACUGGUGCCAUAGAUAUUCUCGUUGGGCGCUACGAGGGCUUUCAAAAUCAAAUAAGGUAUUUAGCUGACUCUUGGCCACAAUCUGUAGUUGUUGGUGAUUUCAACAACGACACUCGACUAGAUAUAUUUGUCGUCAAUUCGGGUAGCAAUGAUGUGAGUGUUCUUCAUGGAAAUGGAAAUGGUUCUUUUGAAAAUCAAGUAAAGUAUUCAGCUGGCUCUAUGCCACUAUCCAUAGCCGUUGGUGAUUUCAACAACGACACUCGACUAGAUAUCGUUGUCGCCAAUUUUGGGAGCAAUGAUGUGAGUGUUCUUCUUGGAAAUGGAAAUAGUUCUUUUGAAAAUCAAAUAAGAUAUUCAGUUAGCGAUUAUCCACAAUCUGUAGUUGUUGGUGAUAUCAACAACGACACUCGACUAGAUAUCGUUGUCGUCAAUUCGGGUAGC